AUGAAGAUCACCCAGAUGCACGAAAGGGAAGAGGUCUCCCUGACCCAGCUUGGACGCGGCUACUGCUCAGGGAACUCGGGCGGCGACCCUGAGCACGAGCAUGGCGGGGAGGUGUCUGUAGCCUGGCGUUUCCUGCCUGGCCCUUGGCCCAGGGUGGUGACUGGCUGUCGCGAUCGGGGCGGGCGGAGAGGUGGCGGGAACCUCCUUCCCGUUUCCGCCGCGGGCAGCGUGCUGGCCAGUGCCACCGGGAGGCGCGGUCGUCCCUCCGCCCGCGCGCCGGGGGGCCGGCCCUGCAGCCUGCGCCUUUUUCCCCGCGCUCACCGCGGCGGCGCGCGGCACUAGCCAACCGCAGGGAGCGCGGUGGCUGCAGCGCCCUGCGCUCAGAAGAUGGUCCCCGCCGCCGGACAGCUCGCUCUGCUAGCUCUGGGUUUCAUGUUAGCUGUGUGUCAGGCUCUGGAAAACAGCACAUCCCCCCUGAGCGACUCACCCGUGGCGGCUGCAGUGGUAUCUCAUUUCAAUGAGUGCCCAGAUUCCCACAUUCAGUUCUGCUUCCAUGGAACCUGCAGGUUUUUGGUGCAGGAGGAAAAGCCAGCAUGUGUCUGCCACUCUGGGUAUGUGGGUGCUCGCUGUGAGCAUGCAGACCUCCUGGCUGUGGUGGCAGCCAGCCAGAAGAAGCAGGCCAUCACUGCCUUGGUGGCGGUCUCCAUCGUGGCCCUGGCUGUCCUGAUUAUCACCUGUGUGCUGAUCCACUGCUGCCAUGUCCGCAAACACUGUGAGUGGUGCCGUGCCCUCAUCUGCAGACAGGAGAAGCCCAGCGCCCUCCUGAAGGGAAGGACUGCUUGCUGCCACUCUGAGACAGUGGUCUGAAGAUCCCAGAGGUGGAAUUUGGCCAGGUGGCCUAUGGCAGCCCAGUGACAGAAAAGCUUCUUGGGACAACACCACCAGCAGUGCCUAGUCACCUGGGACAAUGCUGACAGACCUUCUCCUCUCACUGCACAAUUGCCUGUGCAGCCUUCUGUCCUUUGCAGGCCUCCAAAACUGUGAUAACUCUGCCUUCUAGGUGGGCUUCCUCAGUACACCCUAGAAAAGAGGCCAGUAGACCACGUUUUAAGACAAGUUGAACAAGAACCUCAAAGGGCUUGCCUUCUUGCUAACCCACACCAGGCAUGUGCUUGGGUUGGUGCCUCCUGCCAGCCAUGGUUUCCAGGCUCUUUCUUCUCAAUAGGCCAUCUGCCUCCAGCAGAGACUCCUUGGCUGAUGUACAAAAUGGACAAGAGGAAACGUCUCUUGUUGUAUGAAGACACUGUGGCCUCCUAGGGACCUUGACAUCUCCUCAAGCUGUUGUCAGGGUGUGUGUCUUAUUUAUUAGAAGGAUAAUGGUUUUAUUUUUAAUCUUUAAAAUUAAUCUCAGGCAUCCACAUUAAUGAUAUGUGAGCAGCUGGCUGUGAAGUUACACCGAAUAGAGGUGUCCAGUCACUUUGA